CACGAGGCAUUCAACCACAUCGACGCCGACAUGAGCGAAGAGUUGGACCUGGCCGAGUGGGAGAAAGCGAUGGUCGCGGCGGAGAUCUGCAACCCGCGAGAGGCGCACCUGAUGUUCGAGCUCCUCGACGCCAGCAACGACGGGGUGGUCUCCAUCACCGAGUUCCAGGUCGGCGUCGAGACGAUCGCUCCCGUCAGCAACCUGGAGACGUUCAGGAAGCGGCUCUUGUGCCUCGGCUUCCGCACCAUGACGCAGGCGAUCAAAUUGAUGGAGAGCGCCGCGGGAGAAGGCACCAUACGGCAACCGCUGCCAUUCCACGAGGGGAUUUGGGGGGGCAGCGCAAGGCGCCCGAGCAUGGCAC